AUGUUUUGUUGUCUAAAUAUCUUGCCAACCCCUCUGCAGAUCUGCAUGGGAAUGUGCCUUCACCAGGAUGUUACAGAGGAGGGCAAAAAGGCUAAACUCCAGAGCUCUAAAAUAGAACAAGACCUUUGUGAACAUGCAAGGACAGAGAUGAAUGUGGUGAAAAUCCUUAUGCUUGGAGCUGCAGAGAGUGGAAAGAGUACUCUGAUCAAACAGAUAAAGAUAAUGCACAGUCACGGCUUCUCCAAGCAAGAGUUGAUCAGUUUUAAGCAUGCUGUAUUAGACAACCUCCUGACCUCUAUGAAGUUUGUUCUUCGGGGAAUGGGGAUGCUGAGGAUAAACCUUGCUAACAAGAGGAACAAGAUGCACGCCCGCUCUAUCUUGUCCUGCAGUCAGUGUUUGGGGGACGAUCAGGAGCUGCUUCCUUUCGUGGCUCACGCUUUCUAUGCGCUUUGGGCCGACCAAGGGGUGCGAGCAGCCGCAGCCAAAGGUUACGAGUUUGAGCUGAACGACUCUGCACUCUAUUUCUUUGAGAACAUGAGUCGAAUCCUCGCUCCCAACUACGUCCCCACUGAGACAGAUGUUCUGAGAGUCAGAGUGAGGACCUGUGGAAUCAUUGAGACGCAGUUUCAAGUUAAUGAAACAAUCUUUCGGUUAUAUGAUGUCGGGGGCCAGCGGAGUGAGAGGAGGAAGUGGCUCAAUUGCUUUGACUGUAUGCAGGUCGUGUUGUUUGUCGUGGCCCUCAGCAGCUAUGAUAUGACACUGAUGGAGGACCCCUUAGUGAAUCGUCUGCAGGAAAGUCUUGAACUUUUUACAUCAGUCUGCACCAACACGGUCUUUAACAGUACCUCACUGAUUCUGUUCAUGAACAAAACUGACCUUUUUCGAGAGAAGAUCCUUCAUUCUGGACGACACCUGAGAUUUUACCUUCCUAGUUAUACAGGAGCAGAUGGUGAUGUGAAUGCUGCAGCCCACCACAUCACUACCAUGUUUUCAUCAUGUAACAGUAGUCCUGACAAGACCAUAUACCACCAUUUCACCACGGCUACAGACACCACCAACAUACAGGUGGUCUUCCACAUGGUCAUAGAUCAGAUUAUCAAGGAGAACCUAGCUGCUGUUCAGCUGCUGUAAAGGUUUUCUGAACACUGUGUUUUUAGUCAUUUCGCAGCACUGGACUUUAAAUUUCAUCACAGCUGAUCUGUGAGUAAAUGUUUUACCUUUUUAAGUUAUUUAAGUGGCUAAUAAGGUUAAGAUUAUUUUCUUUAAGCUGCACAG